AUGGCAUGGGAGAUAGUCAUGUACGGUUUUUAUCAUAAACUAUGCAACAGCCUCACUUCUAGUGAGAUCCACUGCCCUGAUGAAGGCCUGAACUUCAGGUCGAAACGUCGGCAUAUGUAA